AAAAGAGAAAUUCAACAUAAACACAACACAGGCGGCAUGGGUGGUCCUUUCGUUCGCAUUCGCAUCCACGAUCCAUCAUCACUUCUUUUUGUUUUACUUUUUAUUUAAAUUUGUUUCUCUUGUCUUCUUUGCUGAUCCAUUGUUUAAUAUCGCGGCACACACAGCACAGCACAGCUUAUUUUGAGUGUUUUCUUUUCUUUUGUUUGUUUUUAUUAAAUUUUUGUUUCAAAAAACAUUUGUUUAAAUAUUUAUCUACUAAAAAGCUGCGUAGUGUGUAGUGUCAUCUAAAAUGCCAUACAUUUGAUAAUAAAAGACUGAGAAACCAUCCAACGAAACUACGAAUUUAACUCACGUCUUAAUCGUUUUUUUCCCACUGCUGUUGCUUCUGCUACCGCUUCUGUAAAUGGACAACAAAAUGUUUUAUUAAAAAUGAUCACACAUUUUAUAAAAUUGUUUUUUAAUUCAAAUUUGUUUUUGGUGAAUGAUUGCGUUGUGUUUUUAAUGUUGGCUUAGCUAAACAGGCGUGUCUUCAGUUUGUAAUUUGUAUUUGAUUUGGAAGUCUUUCAUUGAGAAAUAAUCUCAAUUUUGUUACAGAAAUGAGAAUCAUCAUUGCCCUUUUGGCUGUUGUGGUCUGCUAUUCUCGUUCAAUUUCUGCGGUUUUGUCGAAUACCAUACUGUCAUCGGAUUUGGAACCCAUCAAUGGAACCAGAAACUUUAAAAUUAAUGGAAAGAAUAGCAAAGAUGACAAACCGUGGUUCCAUGGGCGUGUUGUCGAUAUGCGACAGUGUGUCCGCCCAGGCAGAUGUGAAAAGCUCCAAUUCAAAACAUGUUUUGGAGCUAAUAUAUCAUACUCACAAACCAGCCUGGAUUUGACUGAUUAUGAUAGCCAGCAGCAGAUAAUGGACCGAUUGAGAGACUAUCAGGCUUUGAGACAUGUGCCCAGGUGUUGGGCUGUAAUACAGCACUUCUUGUGUGCAGUGUUCGCUCCGAAGUGUGAGACCAUCAACAAUCAAGACAUGGUCUAUCUACCUUCGCUUGAAAUGUGCAAAUUAACUCUAGAACCAUGUCGCAUACUCUAUAACACUUCAUACUUUCCUGAAUUUAUGAAAUGCAAUGAGACAUUGUUUCCCUCCAAGUGUAACAAUGGAGUUCGUGAAAUGAAAUUCAAUUCGACGGGGACUUGUCUAGAGCCCUUGGUGCCUGCUGAAUCUGCAGCUAGCUAUUAUCCUGGUAUUGAAGGAUGUGGUGUUCAGUGUAAGGAUCCACUCUACACCGAUAACGAACAUAGUCAGAUCAACAAAAUGAUCGGUUGGGGAGUUACACUUUGUUUUCUGUCGAAUCUUUUUGUAGUGGCCACUUUCUUCAUCGACUGGGAGAACGCCAACAAGUAUCCAGCUCUGAUUGUGUUCUAUAUAAAUUUGUGCUUUCUCAUUGCGUGCUUGGGUUGGCUUGCACAAUUCACCCCCGGUGGCCGGGAUGAUAUCGUCUGCCGCAAAGAUGGAACCUUGCGGCACUCAGAACCCACCGCUGGAGAGAAUCUCUCCUGCAUCGUUGUAUUUAUUUUUGUCUACUAUUUUCUUAUGGCUGCUAUGGUCUGGUUUGUCUUUCUCACAUAUGCAUGGCACCUGCGUGCAGUUGGCAAUGUCCAAGACCGAAUCGAUAAGAAAGGCUCAUAUUUCCAUUCGGUGGCAUGGUCUCUACCAUUGGUGCUGACCAUAACAGCAAUGGCUUUGAGUGAAGUCGACGGAAACAGCACAGUUGGAAUUUGUUUUGUUGGUUAUCUGAAUCAUUCAAUACGAGCUGGUCUACUGUUGGGACCGCUGUGUGGGGUGAUUCUUGUCGGUGGAUAUUUCAUCAUUCGGGGAAUGGUGAUGCUCUUUGGAUUGAAGAACUUUGCCAAUGAUAUUAAGUCUACAUCGGCGAGUAAUAAGAUUCAUCUUAUUAUCGUACGUAUGGGUUUGUGUGCAUUUUUUACACUGAUAUUCAUUUUGGUUGCUCUUGCUUGUCAUGCAACGGAGUUCAGAAACUCAGCAGCUUGGAGUGAAAGUCUUAAGCGAUAUAUUAUUUGCCGUAUAACAAAAUCAGUUGACGAUGAUCAUGUUGUGUGUAAAUUGGACAAUCGUCCAAGUGUUGCAGUGCUACAAUUACACCUUAUAUGUUUAUUUGGUUCUGGAAUUGUCAUGUCAACUUGGUGUUGGACUCCAUCAUCUGUCGAAACAUGGAAACGUUACAUCAGAAAAAAGUGUGGUAAAGAGCUCGUGGAAGACAUCAAAAUGCCUAAACACAAAGUUAUUGCCCAAACUUGGGCCAAAAGAAAAGAAUUCGAGGAUAAAGGUAGACUCUCAAUAACUCUCUACAAUACACAUACAGAUCCUGUAGGGUUGAAUUUCGAUAUGAACGAUUUUAAUUCGUCUGCUACAAAUGACAUAAGUUCCACCUGGGCCAAUUAUCUACCCCAGUUUGUUAAAAGACGCUUUGCUAUAACUGGCGCUGCCACAAAUUCAUCCAGUCAUGGUUGCCAGCGUAAAAGUUCUCUAGAUUCGGAAAUAAGUUUUAGUGUUCGACAUGUUUCGGUUGAAUCAAGAAGGAACUCAGUAGACUCACAGGUUUCGGUAAAAAUCGCCGAAAUGAAGACAAAAGUCGCGAGUAGAAGUCGAAAUUCCAGCAGUCACCAUAAGCAUUCGAAAAAUCGAAGUCGCCGAAAGGACUUUAUGGCUGCCAGUGGACGCAAAUACAACAACCGCCGAGAGAGCAGCACAUCAAUUGAGAGCCAAAUAAUAGCUCUGAAAAAGACCACCUACCCUAAUUCGUGUCACAAAGUUGGUCUCUUUGCACAAUCCAAAACUGCUAAGAACAUGAAACGACGGAGUGCUAGUGCAGGAUUAGAUCCCAAUGAUAUCAACGAAUUUCUAUCUAAAAAUGGACAUUUCAUCAUACCAUUCCUGCAGAAGGGAAUGACAUCAUCAUCGGACGAGGAAACUGCUUCGCGUGCCUCUUUCAAAGUCCAAGACUCUCGUCUGGAUGUGGUUCUAAAACACGAUCUAACCGAUGACGAUGAAUAUAGUCAACAUGGUGGUGCAAAAAUAGAAGAACUAGUCGAUCACAACGAUUUUGGCCGAUCAUCGAAUCGAAAAUCAACCAAUGUCAAUUUGGAAAAUUUCAUAAAGUCUAUGAAUAAAUCCUCCACAUUGGGAACUAAUCGGGUCGAUGUAGCUAGUCGCAAUAGUAGGAAUAGUACAAAAAGUCGUAUGAGCCGAAAGUCUACUGCACACGGAUCAAAGCGCAGUCGAUCUAAAUCGAAUAAAGCUACGAAAAAAGUAGCUACCGCCGACUUGGAUAUUUCCGAUUUGAAUUUGAAUCUCUACCUGAACCAUGAGGAUGAUGACGAUGAUGAUUCUAUAAGUUCAUUUUCUCUGGAAAUGGAUUUACCAACCGGAAUGCACAGUUCCUACUCGGGCAUAUCAGUGGGUAAACCUCAUUCGAGGAACAGCAAAACCAGUUGUGAUGUGGGCAUCCAAGCCAAUGCCUAUGAAAUCGCCGCUACACAAACCUACGGAGACGAUGAACUGAAGAUUGCAUUGCGGCAUUUAAAUACAAAAAACCGUCGAAGAAGUGAGAUGACCAACGAUGACGAUGCAGAAACUCUAGAACUACUGCCUAUGGUUAAGCAUCGUGAAACAAUUAUCAUGAGUGAAGCGGAGAAAUUAAAAAUGCUCUUACUGCCAUCCAAGUAAAACUGACUGAUGCAACUAUAUACAGAAUACAUAUACUUUUCCAUGACACCACAUAAUCAUCUCAAAUUAUUAUUAUUAUUACUAUCGAAAACCACAUUGACAAUCAUCAUGUUCAACAUUGUUUAAAAAAAUACUCAAUUAUUUAAAAUGACUUAAAGUAUACUAUAUACUUAAUUUUAGUUUAAAUCUUAUAUUAAGAUUAAAGAAUGUUAAGUUAAGAUGUAAGUUUACACGUGUGCGGUAUGCCAUUUUGCAUAGGAAUACGAAUUAAAAAACAAUUUUUUACGACCGAAAUUAAAA